AUGGCAGCUAUACGAAAAAAAUUGGUUAUCGUUGGAGACGGUGCGUGUGGCAAAACAUGUCUACUGAUCGUUUUUAGCAAGGAUCAGUUUCCUGAUGUUUACGUCCCAACAGUGUUUGAAAACUAUGUUGCCGAUAUUGAGGUUGAUGGGAAACAAGUGGAACUGGCGUUAUGGGAUACGGCUGGGCAAGAAGAUUAUGACCGGUUACGGCCCUUAAGUUAUCCUGAUACUGAUGUUAUUCUAAUGUGUUUCGCCAUUGACUCUCCUGACUCUCUUGAGAACAUUCCAGAAAAAUGGACACCAGAGGUGCGACAUUUUUGUCCAAACGUGCCAAUAAUUCUAGUAGGCAAUAAAAAAGAUCUAAGGAAUGAUCCGAGUGUUGUUCGUGAUCUUGGCAAGAUGAAACAGGAGCCUGUGAGACCUGAACAAGGUCGUGCUGUAGCGGAACAGAUAGGUGCAUUUGCUUAUCUUGAAUGCUCGGCGAAAACGAAGGAAGGUAUACGUGAAGUAUUUGAAAAAGCAACUCAGGCAGCCCUACAACAGAAAAAGAAGAAGAAGAACAAGUGCUUUUUACUUUAG